AUGGAUUUGAAAUUUAUUUAUCAACCUGAAUUUCAUUUUCGAUUUUUGAAUUUCUCUGGAGAACCAAAAGAAAUUGCUUCAUCUAUUCAUGAUUACGAACAUAUAUCAUUAGUUACACUUGAAGAAGCAAUUGAACCAUUAGUAAUUUUUAUUCCUCACGUAAAAUAUAUGAUUAAAUUAGUAAAAGAAAAAUGUCAACAACCAAAAGAUAAUCUUUCUAUUGAUGAAUCAGCUUCAAUUAUGCUUUAUACAAUAGAAUGGAUACCAAAAGAAGAUUCAUUUUAUUAUAUAUUAAAUCAAAAACUUUAUUUAAAUAAUCAUAAUGAAUUAAUACCUUGGUUAUUCUAUUUAAAAUUAUUAUCUACAUCAUUAUCAAAAUUACCAAAAUUAUCUAAUCAAAUUUUUUAUCGAGGAAUUAAUUUAGAUUUAAAAAAUGAAUAUUUUUUAAAUAAAAAAUUUUUUUGGUAUGAAUUUUUAUCAUGUAUUUCAUCAUUGAAAAUUUUUGAUAAAAAAGAAAUUGGUUUUAUACAUACAGGUAUUCGUACAUUAUUUAUUAUUCAUAGUAAUCAUGGAAAAAAUAUAAGUCAACAUUCAUUUUAUCAAACAAAUUAUGAAAUUUUACUUUUACCUGGACAUGAAUUUCAAAUUGUUUCAUAUUAUAAAUCAAAUAAUGAAUUUUAUAUUAUUAUUUUAAAAGAAGUUUCAUAUUUAAAUUCUAUUAAAACAAUAUCUUCAAUUACAAAUAAAAAUAAUAUAAAAUUAUUUAAUUUAUUAUUUCGAAAACGUAUUAAACAUUAUGAAAAAUAUUGUGAAAUUAAUUUAAAAAAUCAAAAUUUAACUGAUAUUCAUAUGAAUAUAAUUACUGAACAAAUUAUUAAAAAUAAAAAAUGUAUUUGGCUUUCAUUACAAAAUAAUCAAAUUACAUCACAAGGUCUAUAUAUUAUAGCUGAUAGUUUAAAAGAAAAUGAAUCAUUAGAAUCAUUAUAUCUUUCACAAAAUUUAUUAAAUAAUAUUGGUAUACAAUAUUUAGCAAAUAUUCUUUCAAAUAAUUAUUCAAAUUUAACAUUACUUUAUCUUGAUCAUAAUUAUAUUGAAGAUGAAGGUGUAGAUUAUUUAGCUAUAAUGUUAAAAAAAAAUCAAAUUUUAACGGAUUUAUGUCUUUCAUAUAAUAAUAUUAGUGAUUAUGGUGUACAAUUAUUAGCUAAUGUACUUUACUCUGAUAAUAAAACUCUUAUACAUUUAUCUUUAAAUGGAAAUAAAUUAAUAAGUGAUUGUUGUAUUAAUUUUCUUAUUCCAAUGUUUGAAUUUAAUCAAACAUUAAAUAUAUUUUGGUUACAAGAUUGUUCUUUAUCACAAGAAGGCAAAAUAAAACUUGAACAAAUAGUUAAAUAUAAAAAAUAUUUUGAUUUAUAUACAAAUAUAUCAAACGAUAAUCCAAUAAUGAAUAAAACACGAUCAAAUUUUACGAAUUUAUAUGUGAAAAAUUUUGGUAAAGAUAUGACUGAAACAAAAUUAUGUCGAUUAUUUGGUACCUAUGGUAUUAUAACAAGUUGUAAAAUUCAAACAGAUAAUAAUGGUCAAUCUAAAGGAUUUGGUUUUGUUAAUUUUGAACGACCAGAAAUGGCACAACAUGCAAUGAUGAAUUUAAAUGGAUAUGUAUUAGAAGAUGGUAAACAAUUGUAUGUUGGAAUUUUUCAAAAAAAAUCUGAACGUCAAAAUGAAAUUCAACGAAUUCGUGAAGAAAAUCAUCAUAGACAAUCAAAUAAUCUUUCAUUAUUUAUUAGUAAUUUAGAUCCAAUGAUUGAUGAACAAUUACUUGAAGUUAUAUUUACUAAAUUUGGUAGAGUAACGAAAACACAUAUUUUAAGAAAUGGUAGUCAAUCAAAAGGUGUUGGUUUUGUAUGUUUUAAUACAAUGGACGAAACAAUGAAAGCUUUAAAUGAAAUGAAUGGUAAAUGGAUUCUUUCAAAGCCAAUCUAUAUAAAAUUAAGUACAAAUAUUGUUAAUUCACAAUCAAGUAUACCUAGUUCACCAACGCCAUUAAUUUCUUCUGCAAAUGUAUCUUCUCCUUCAAUAACUCCAAUGCCAUAUUUCAAUACACCAAUGAUGUUUUAUUUACCGACAGUUAUGCUACCAACUCAAUCAAAUAAUUAUCCAUUACAAACGGCUCCACACAAUUCUCAAACACAAUCGACUAGAGAAUGUUCAUUAUCACCAUCACCAAUGAUUACAUCAUCUACUACUCCGAAUAUAAAAUAA